AUGCAAUCUCUUUCUUUCCGUGAUUUUUUUUCUUUUCUCUCGCUCACACUCUCUUUCUCUCUUCCUUGCUUUCUUCUCUGCUCUCUCGGUCUCUCUCUCUCAUUCUUCCUCACUCUUUCUUCCUUGCUUAAUAUCUGUUCUCUCUCUUUCUCUCUCUUCCUCCGACACUCUCUCUUUCUUCCUUGCUUUCUUCUCUGCUCUCUCUCUCUCAUUCUUCCUGUGACACUCUCUCUUUCUUCCUUGCUUUCUUCUCUGCUCUCUCUCUCUCAUUCUUCCUGUGACAUUCUUUUCUUCCUUGUGACUUCUCUCUCUUCUCUCUUCUCAUUCUUCCUUCUCUGCUCCCCUGCUUUCUUCUCUGCUCUCUCUCAUUCUUCCUGUGACACUCUCUCUUUCUUCCUUGCUUUCUUCUCUGCUCUCUCUCUCUCUCUCUCUUCCUCCGACACUCUCUCUUUCUUCCUUGCUUAA